GUUCUUCGGCGAAAGCUCAGGUAAAGUGAAGUGUUCCGAGGAGAGGUUACGUGUUACAUUAAUUGAACUGCCUGCAAGCUCUUACUUCGCGAAUCCAUCCAUCGGCUAUUGGCGAGGUGUUUUGGCGGAAUGGCGGCGAGAAAGACGAGGCAGAAUCACUCCAUACAGCAUCUUCUCGAGCUCCCGAGCUCGGCGAGACCUGCAAGAAAAACGCCCCCCGAACCGGACAAAGAAUCUCAGCAACACCCGACGCCUUCAACACCUCGACAAGUGCCCGUCACCGUUUUGCACCCGACACCAAAAAAGUGCUUAAAGCGUAGCCGACUCACGAUCGACGAAAGCUCUAAUCAUGCUAGCGAGUCGAUGCGACACCGACUGUACCUGAGCAAAACCCGACAAGCUGCCCUCCGCGAAGAUAUCCAACAGCCGGUGAGCCGCGGCGUGGCGGCCAGUCUCACGCAUCCCGUUCACCUUAACGCACACCAAGAAGAGUUGUCCGUCGCGCGGCGGGACUUUCCCCGCCAGAUCAUGAACAAGGUGGACGACCGGGGCAGAUCCCCGGCGACGACGAGACGACCGACAUCCGCAACGUCAUCCAUCUUACCGCCGAGUCCCGAGGAACCACCGACGCUGGUGGAACUGACCAGUGUGCCGGGUGGACAGAAUGCAAUGGCGCACCUUAAGAAACGGAAGCUGGAAGCCGAGACCGCAACUCCAAAGCCAAAGCAGCAGCCUCUAAACAACAAGAAGGUGAUCGCUCAGCAGAGCGUCUCCCAGGACCUGAUGGAGGCCGCCGACACGGCGGCUAAACGUCGUAGAAAAAGCCUACGAGACGAAGAGGUUCGGAAGCAGAUAGAGAUGGAUGCCUCGAAGGUGAUUCCGCUUCCGCAAAAGAAGCGGGUUUUCACGACGAGCAACUCGGGAAGCCCGGCGAGAAAGACGAUAAAAAAUUCGGAAGAACCCGAGGACGACGAGACGCUGAUUCGGGAAACAGAAGCGGCCCUGAAGAGUUUGUCGGGAAGCUGGCCUGGUCCACGCGGUUCGUUUUACCAGCGCGGCAACUCCGACGAAGACAAGUACGAAUCGAGCUUUGAAAAUCUGUUCGAAGAGAAGAAAGAGAACCCAAAAAUGUCACCGUCGUCACUAUCGACGUGUUCAAACGCAAGCAACGAGGCCGGCUGCUCCUUGAAGGAUGUGAUCACGUUGCGAGGUCAGCAGGAGAGACGCUCACUGCAGACAGGAAGCAAGCAUCAGCAUCAGCACCAUCAACAACAACAACAACAACAGCAGCAGGUACUGCACCAGAAUAAAAAUAGAAAAGAUCUUGAGACGAUGUUGAAAAUCGAAAACGAAUAUGGCACUGUUCAGUCUCAGGUUGGUCCCGGCGUUGGUCAGGUUCACAACGAGGUGAAGAGGUCAUCCGGGGGUGGGAGUGGUUCCGGUGGUGGUGGACGUCCAAUUGGCAAGGACAGAAACAGCAGUGGUCAUCAACCGGCGGAAAAGUACUCGCGUUACGAUCCUCCGGAUUUCAACGAGCUCGUGGACGACUCCUCGAACGAGUUGGAGAUCGACAUGUCGGAUCCGGCCGCGGACAAGGAGGACGGUGAGCGGGAUAAGACCGACGGUAAGGACAAGGAACGACCCCCGAAGAGCAACGCAUCGCCGCAGCAAAACACGGCCAGGCAACAGCUCUACUCGAGUGGCUUCCACCAGCGUUCUUACAACGAGGCUAAGAUCUCCUCGAGCGGCGGUGCCGCGUCGACGACGUCCCCGUUCUCCACCGCCUCCGCCUUCCGGCCCCCGAACACGGAGCACUCGAAGGUGGCGGCCGUCAGCCGCGGCGGGUCGUCGAGCACCGUGGCCCCCGUGACCUCCAUUCCACCCAUCGGUCCGUACCCAGCGGCCGCGACCUUCGUCGGCUAUCCACCGGCCGGACCGGUACCAGUGAUGCCGGUCCCGCAGCCGCUGGCCGGGAUGUCGACACCCGGCGAGGAGAAGCACGGCUCGACGGUAUCUCUUCUGCAGUUAAAGUCACCCAAGGACGACGUCCAGCCACCCCGAGAACCCCAGAUGCCUCCCACGACCGCCAAACCUCCCGGAAUAACUGCGGCACCCAGCCCAGACCCGAAUUCAAAACAAUACACCAUUCUUCAGCCGGCAGGCGUUGGCUCGAGGGCUGCGAGUGCGAUUCAGGACAUCGCGAGAGAAGGUGUCGUCAGUGUCGCCGCUGUCAGCAGCAGCAGUAGCAGCGCAAGUCCUGCCGUUGGCGACGUCUCGACCACCACCGGAAGUGGACAGCCGGACAACUCUGUGAUGAAGUUGGCCGAACGACCCGCGACCUUCGACGGCAUCAGGCCUGGUAUGUCGAUGUCACCCUCGAGCCUGAACAGAGAAGGCAACAAGUGCCCGACGCCGGGCUGCACGGGCCAGGGUCACGUGACCGGUCUAUACUCACACCACCGCAGCCUUUCGGGAUGUCCUCGUAAGGACAAACUGACGCCAGAGAUUCUGGCGAUGCAUGAGACUAUUUUGAAAUGUCCAACUCCCGGUUGCAACGGUCGUGGCCAUGUCAGCUCGAAUCGGAACACACAUCGAAGUCUCUCAGGUUGCCCCAUCGCCGCGGCGAAUAAGCAGGCCGCACGCGAGGCUCGUCACAAGGCUCAAGUAACGGGAAUGCCGCCAGAAUACAUAAGUACAAAUCUACUGCCGAGGUCGAUGGAUACCAAGCCGUAUUCGCAGUACGGUACGUCGUCCCAAGAGGGUAAUAAUAAGCCAGUGGCAUCACCGUCUUACGAUUACUACGCAGCUACGAAAGCUGCCGGAAUAAACAUAAAACCCCCUAAAACACCGGAGGAGAGUGGACCGCGACAAGUGAAGGUUAUACCAAAGUCGGAGUCGGGUGGCGGUAGCAGCAACUGUUGCAGCGCGGGUGGAUCGUCGGGAAGAAGUCAGCAGCCUGAAUUGCUGGUACCAAAAUCCGAGGAAACGUCGUCCUGCCGUGGAAGUUCACCCCCGCUUCCGCCACCGCCAGUAAGACAAACGUACGACUCUUAUCUGAACCAGGACUCGAACUCAUCCUCGAUGUCGUCGAUGGACGCCAUGGCCUCCAGGUCGAUGGGCCCAACGAUCCACCAUCCGAGCCAAAUAUCCGGACAGCAACACCACGUCCUCCCGAUGCAGCCGACCGUCACCUACCCCAUGCCGAUGGUCGAGGACACCAGGAUGUCUCACCAAAUGGCCCAACGCUCGCCCUACGAGUCGGCCGCGAUGAUGACCACCUCCUCCGAAGACCUCUACCACCACAGGUCCGCGGAACACGCCAGAGCCUACAUGCACCCCGUGGCCGGAAACAUUGCCAGGCCCGUGGUCACCUAUUCCAACGAGAUUGCCGCCGCUCGAGCGUACGACAGCGCCGUUGUCAGUGCAGCGAACCACCGACCAUACGACCCGGGCACCGGCUCCGCCUACGAGAGGUACGAGGGUCAACCCUGCGCCCCGCUCCAGCCUCAGCCUCAGCAGCAACAGCAGCAGCAGCUCCACUCCAGGGCGAACAUGUACUACUUGGGUCAGACGGGGAUGACGCCCGAGGAACAGGAAAGAGCGUACCACCAGGAGGCCGCGGCGGCAGCGCAGCAGCACCAGAUGGCAAUGGCUGCCGCGUCGGCGGCUGGAAUGAUGAAAUCUGAAGACGUCAAGUGCAUCACCGCUGCUCAGGCGCAACAGAUGCAGAAGUCAGGGGGACCCCCAACGUCGCCGGGAGGAUCGGUAAUGGACCUGUCUACGUCUAGUGUUACUUCCACGAGCCCCCAGGCUCCACCUUACGGUUCCAACAGCCUCAGUCCUCAGUACGGCGGCGGACAAACCGUCGGCGGAAGUCCACAGGCGGCAGCCAGCCCUCACCUAACCGCGAGUCCUCAGGUCCCGAGUCCCCAGGGUCAGACCCUGGAUCUCAGCGUCAACAGACUUCACAGCGGCGCACCCAGUCCGCAAUACUCGACUGCCCACGGUGAGGCCGUCCCGGUUCCCGUAGGAUCAGGAUUUCCCCCGCCGAGACCAAUCGAGGAGCAAACGGAACCCGUCGACUUUUCAACCGCCAACGAACCCGUCAACUUCAGUGGAGGACCCGGUAUUAGGCCUGUUCCCGGAUUCCCACCGCCUGGUGUUCACGCUGCGGCAUACAGCCGCGAAAGCACUCCGGACAGCGGGGGAUCCCAUUACAUGGACGCCUACCGUGAUCCUACAGCGAUGUUACCGGAUCUCGCGACUAUUCCAGGGUACGGUCCAAUGAGCCCGCAUCCUGGAUACGGGAUGGCUGGCGUCCAAGCCGAAUACCCAGGAAAUACCUACACCCCGUACCCGACGGCGGGCUACAACUGCGGAGGAGCUUAUCCCGGCGGCCCAGUCACGUCCGGGUACCAAAUUCCUGCGGGAUACACCCCGGCGCCCUGCUACAGCAUGCCACCACCUCAGCACACGAUUGGUUCCCUGGACAAACCAUCGGGAAAAGACGACAGUCUCUCCGGAUGUCCGCGUGCCGAUCGUUCGCAAAUUCAGGCGCAUUCCCAAGAACUGAAGUGUCCUACACCUGGCUGCGACGGAUCGGGUCACGUGACCGGAAAUUAUUCUUCUCACAGAAGUCUGUCCGGUUGUCCAAGAGCCAACAAACCAAAGAGUAAACCGCGCGACGGUCAAGAUUCCGAACCACUGAGAUGUCCCAUACCCGGUUGCGACGGGUCUGGCCAUGCCACUGGCAAAUUCUUGUCCCACCGCAGCGCAUCCGGUUGUCCGAUAGCGAAUCGGAACAAGAUGCGAGUCCUGGAGUCCGGAGGAACGGUCGAACAGCACAAAGCGGCAGUGGCAGCAGCGACGGCGAUGAAAUUCGAGGGUGUGAAUUGUCCGACGCCGGGAUGCGACGGUACUGGACACAUAAACGGUUCGUUUCUCACGCACAGGUCGCUGUCUGGGUGUCCAGUGGCUGGGCACACGGUGAAGAAACCGAAAUUCGAAGACAUGUCGAACAUGUACAGCAAAGGAAUCACCGGAAUGGACACCGGCGGUCCUGUUCAGGGUGGCUCUAUAGGGGCGAAUCAGGGGAACACGGUAAGCGGUGUCGGUGGUCAGGGCGAGGACCUUUACACACUGGAGGCCGAGAUCACGGAACUUCAGAGGGAGAACGCACGCGUCGAAUCCCAAAUGCUGCGCCUGCGCUCUGACAUCACCGCUAUGGAGAGCCAGCUGAAACAGGGAGACAAGGAAUCCACUGUGAUAUCUCAGCGGAACAACAACUUGAACGAGUAUUACGAGUCGUUGAGAAACAACGUGAUAACCCUACUGGAGCACGUGAGGAUCCCAAACGGGCCGGGAGGUGGUGGUCCCCAAGAAAAGAUGGGUCACGAGAAUUUCGACAGCUACUUAACAAAGCUGCAAACAUUGUGCACAGCGGACGGUUACUGCGCCGACGAGAACAACAGGCCGAUAUACGAGACGGUGAAAACCGCCCUGCAGGACUUUACCGUGUUGCCGACGCCCAUCUGAGACCAUCCGGAUAAUAAUUUCACCCUCGGGCAUAAUUCGCACCGCAAUCACACAACGUUCGAAACUUACCAGCAACGCUAGGACCGCCGAGAUGAUAUUGUCGUCUUUAUAAAUACGUACGUAAAUAAUUGUUACAACGUUGAGAUCCUAAGCAGCUAAUUUCUAAUAUCGGACAACGAAGUCGGAGAUUAAUGAUGAAUGCGUUAUGUACGACAAAAAUUAAAACGCGCGAACGGUUUCUUCUUUUUUUUUUUUUUUUUAAUUUUCAAUUUCGAUUACUAUUGUUUUCUCGCGUCUUUUUUUUUUUUAUUUAUUUUAUUCACCCUCCAGUUUAUUCAAUGACACGGAUAACUGUUGAUAUUGACUGUCGAAAAGUAGUGAAAAUAGAAUCGAGUGUUUUAUUUUAUCCAGUUUAAUGAAUUGACGUCAGGUGUGAUAAAAAAAUCACGCGACAUUGUUAUCUACGACGUAGGGACUCCGUGCAAUAUUAUAUUAGGUAUUUGUUUUGAAAACGAUCAUCGCAAUGCAUAAAACAAAACGGAUAAUUACAUUAUGUACAGGCAUGAACGAAGUUUUAAAAACGUGUAAAACAAAGGUGUUCGCAAACGGUAUAAUAAUGAUAUAUAAUAAUAACAAUAAUAACAAUAAUAACAAUAAUAAUAAUAAUAAUACCAGUAAUAAUAUUAAAAAUAAUAGUAAUAAUAACGCUAUCGUAAUUCCAAUCCUCUGAUAUUAAUGACAAAGUGGAUGUGUUUUAAUCUGAAAGGGAAUAACGUGAAACUGCUAUAAUUUGAUCGAAUGAAAAUGUUUUGUACAUACACCCGAUAAGUGUAAUAUGUAAUUAUUAUCAAUAAUCUCACUAUCAACGGUUGUAAAUAUCAAUUUCUGA